UCUCUCUCCUCCACCUUGUCGUCGAGAGGAGGAGGUCAUGGAAGCUGCCGCGAUCCAUGCACCCACCACCUCCUCCUCUGACUCCGUCUCAUGCGUCACCAAUGGCGCGCCAGAGAAGCACAAGAAGCUUAAGCGGAAGAGGAGCGCAUCUCCUGCUCCUCCCGGCGGCGGUCAAGAACAGGUAGCGGUGGCGGACACUACUGGCACCGCCGGCGAUGCACCCCGCGGUGGCGAGGAGGAGAGCAGCAGCUGCGCCGGCGCCGGCGCCGGCGAGAGUACGGGGCCGCGCAAGAAGGGUGACGCUGGCAGACACCCGUCCUACCGGGGAGUGAGGCGGCGGAGCUGGGGCAAGUGGGUGUCGGAGAUCCGCGAGCCGCGCAAGAAGUCGCGCAUCUGGCUCGGCACCUUCCGGACGGCGGAGAUGGCCGCGCGCGCGCACGACGUGGCCGCGCUCGCCAUCAAGGGCCGCGCCGCGCACCUCAACUUCCCGAGCCUCGCCCACACGCUCCCGCGUCCGGCCUCGACCUCCCCCUCCGACAUCCAGGCCGCCGCCGCCCUCGCCGCCGCCGCCGCCACCACCGCCACCGACCAAUGCGAGUCCUCCUCCUCCGUCGCCGCCGCCACCGCCGCCGCCGAUGCCGAGGCGACGGAGUCCACCUCGUCUGCAGCGGCCAGCCCGAGCGCCGCCAGCAGCAGCGUCGAGGAGAACGCGCUGUUCGACCUACCCGACCUCCUCCUCGACCUGAGCGACGGCCUCUGGUGCUCACCCAUCUGGACAUCGGCGGCGGACCAGUACGACGGCGACGACGACGACAACGCCGCCGCCGCGCUGCACGAGCCGCUCCUGUGGGCCGAGCAGUGCUGGGUGCAUCCCGACUAAGCCAACCCAACUCAAUCCAAUCCACACGUCCCGACUCGCCGGCCGGCCGGCCAGCCAUUGCACCGGUCGGGGUUGGCCGGCCGCAGCAGUCAACCGAUCGACGCCAUGGUCGUCACUUUCUUUUUCUCUUCCACUUAUUUUUUUUCUUCCUUUGGUACUGGAGGUGCCUUGCUUCGUGUGCAGUGAAACCGCGCCACGCCGCGUCGUUUGCGGUGGGCGGGCGAUCAGGAGAUGUGAUUUACGGAGGGGAAGUCGUUUUAGCGCGAGGUGAAACAGUGGAUUGCAAGAACUGCCUAGACAUUUGAUUGAUCCAUUAUUAUUAAUUACUCUACUUGGCUUCAUGGUUGUGUGUAAAUCAAUCCAGCGAACAAUUUGGGAGUGCCUUGUGUGAUUCUUCUUCUUCCUUUUUAAGGUAGUGUGCGUUGUAAAUUUCAGAGAGAUGUGCAAUAGAAACGAUUUGCUUCAGAUAACAAAGUGUUAGUGUGUAUAUUUAGCAA